CUUCUCUUCAGCCUACUCCUCGCCCAAUGUGAGGCAUAACCCGCGAUCCCAUCGCCGACCACACAAUGCCCGCAUACCUCCACAACAUUGUCUUCCCGUCUUGUGCACUCCCUCUCUAUUUUCCUAUAUAACCCGCCCCCUCACAUGACCCGGCGGCUCUCCUACUGACUGCUCCCCCAUCCCAACUAAUAUACAUUCACAAUCCUAACCGCUACUCGUUCAUCAUGGGCAACGUGUUAGCCAGGCUUACUAACAACCAGCAAAUGGCCGGUCCAUUUGACCACCUGCAAGAUAUACAGCAGGAGGUCGUCGGUGAAGUUGAUCCCUCCUCGGAUGCGUUCGAAGUAGCGGAGGAUGAUGAGCAUGAAGAACACACCCUAGUGUUAGAGUGCUCGGCCUCCGCAGCAACCAACACCCACCUGCGCUCCCUUCUCCCGCCCAACCCCUCCACUCCCUGGUUAACGCACCAAGUCAACUACCCCUUCUGGCCGUCCGGCCCCUCGCUGACAACCAGCCCAGCAGCACCGAAGGAGGUACUCACUGCGCGCGCGGCAGUCUGCAAGCUGCAGAACCCGUCUGGGCUGCGUGAGAUGACGCGGCGCGUGCUGUGCGAUAGCUUCGCGUGCGAGGAAAUGCAGGACUAUGAUGCGAAUCGCGCGCUUGUGCUGGGGUCUGCGAGCCGGCGUAUGCUGCGCGCUAGGAGCUGGCUUGAUGGGCGGGCGAGGCGGAGGGCGGUUAGGGAGAGGAUGGAGCGGGAGGAGGUGGUGCGGGCUGCGGUGGAGGCGCAGCGGCGGGCGGAGCGGUUGCUUCGGGAGAUGUCUGCGAUGGGCGAGGGUCGGGCGGAUGAGGAUGAGGGGAGCCCGAUGUCGUUCCGUUGCGUUGGUCUUGCUGGAGAGCGCGUCGAUCGAGCUGGAGAUGAAGAGCCUGAGGGUGUGGCGGGCUCUUUUGUCUCUGCUGUCUUUUCUUCCGUGUCUCUCCCUGGACAUUUGCUGCAGACAGCUCUCCCGAAAGCGUGCAGCGCUCCGCCCUUUCGGAUACUGCGGGCUUCUCCAUACGCAUAUGGCUCCGUUCCUCUAGACCACUACUUCCGUCUUCCUGGCAAGGAGGUGCGUCGUCCACUCCAACAAGGCCGGGUUGGCGUAGAUGAGUACUUCGAAGUCUCGACUUCUGCGUCGGUUUCCGAGACGCAGUCUUGGGAGGGAACCGGUUCCAGUUAUAGCUCCUAUCUCAGCGGCUGUUCCUCUGAUACCGGAGGUGAACAGAUCGACCAGUACUUCGCCAAAGUGCCAAUCCCGAAGCCUAACCUUCAGAGCGCUCUUAUGCCUGCAAUUAUGUUCCUACAGUACGACCAUGGCCAUAGGGUAGGCCUUGCCGCAGAGCAGCAAGCCGCUUCCCCAAUCGCAGGUGAGGACGCCGGUCCCACAGACUUCCCCGGCCCAACGCCUGAACCUCGACGCACGCGUCUAGUUCGCGCCGACACACCUUAUCCAGGCGCUAGGCGACUGCUUCGUCAUGCAGACGCAGUCGCAGAUAUUCGGCAGGUGGUCCGCCAGCAUCCCAUGGGCCGGAUACCUGCGUCUCCUAUCCAGAGUCGAGGUGUCAACUUCGACCGGCAGCAACAAUCACGGAUCGUGAAUUCUGAUGAACGCGCUAUUUGUAUAGACCCACGCGUCAUCCCGAUUUCUUGCUAUCGUUCGCGCGCAGGGGUUAUCGCAGAGGUCCCCAAUUUGGAGGCCUCCGCUUAG